UAUACUAACAGUUCAAAGACAGAGUGCGUGGAGUAUAGUUUAAUUUGCUUGGUUUUGAUUUAGUUUAUUUUAUUUAUAGUUAGUUAGUGCAUCGAUUUGACAGGUAACGCGAGACAAGAUGGUGGAAAUAAGUAAACAUCUAUUCGACAGCACGUGUAGAGAUGUCCCUUGCAACGUCCUUCUGCACCCAUGGAACAAGCAUUGCCUGCCGUCUUACGUAAGGACAUAUGCAAACUCCUUUAUCGGAAGCGCAAAGUUUUACUUCAUAAUACACAUGGCGCAAAACUUAAUGAAAGGUAGGAAAAUACUUGAGCGUGAAGAGUUAAUGAAGGCAGUCGAAUAUUAUGCGAGGUCUACCCUCCUCGGGACUCUUGUGAGUGGUACUUGUGGAACGUUCGGCUGCUCUGUAAGGAGGCUUUUAGGCAAUAAAUUGACUUAUUAUACAUACAUAAUGAUUCCUAACAUGAUAAAUGGAAUUUUUAUACUGCUCGAGCCGCCAUCGCGAAGAGGUCUGGUGAUCAAUUUGUUUGUCAAUUUGGUUUUAGAAUUUUGGACGAGAGCUUUGGAAAGUAAGGGCUACAUUUCUAUGUCGACAGGAAAACAAACGUUUUUGUUUAUGAUCGGUAGUGCUGUGCUCUUCUACCUAAUGCGGUUAGAAGGGGAAAGCAAUAAGCGGACACCAUUGCUAUGGCUAUUUACACCUGAAAAAGUAAGACGAAAAAGCGACGAGUCGAAAAACGUUUGCCCUCACGAAGGGCUAUGUCGCCCAUUUAUUAUGAAGGGUUUCCUAAAAUACUUUGGGUUCGGUUUCGGGUUCACCAUGCUGCGAGUUUUGGCACCUAGGCUGAAGACGCCAAUAAUGGCUUUAUCUAAGCUGAGAUGGAAGCACUUGAAUAUGGGACUGUUUUUUGGCAGUUAUAUUGGUAUUUACAGAGCUGUGAUAUGUUACUUAUGCCGCAAGCAUGGUACUGAUUCCGCCGUGUAUGCUUUACCAGCGGGUUGCCUCGCCGGAUUAUCUUUCUACUUCAAACCGUCCCUGGGGUUUGCGAUAGCGUCAUUGACAGGAGCUUUUAAGUUGUAUUCAACUAUUCUGUACGAGAAGAAAAUUUUACCUGAAAGCAUUCCGAUACCUCUGCUGCUGUACUGCUUCAGCCAAGGUCUAUUGUUCCACGCCCGUUUCAUGCACCCAGAGGACUGUCCGGGAUACAUUAUGAAGCUCACGAACAACGUCACUAAUGGAUUAGAUAAAGAGAUACAUGCGAGUUUGAUGGAAGUGGUAAAGAGGACAGCUUUACAAUAAACAGAACAAGAAUUAUUACAUGUGACGUCAAUAACAACAUCAUCGUCGUCGUCGUCAUGGCAACCAAUUGACGUCCACUGCUGGGUAUAGGUCUUUUGUAGGGAGUUACCGCGGUUUUGUGUCGCUUUGGUCCAGUGGCAUCCUGCGACUCUUUUAUUAUUUAUUUAUUUUCAACAUACGACUAUUACAGGGGUGUUCCUUAUGCACAAGCGUAGACUUUAAUAUAUUGAUGUAACUUAAUACAUUAGAAAAUGAAUUUUGUAUAAUUUCAUGCGAAAUAACGUAAUAGUAACCUUUGUAAAUUCAGUCAGAGUACAACCAAACAUAACCGUUCUCUCAACCAUGGUGAGGGUGCGAAACGCGCGCGUCAGCGAAACUUUGUUGUACAAGUUGGUUCGAUAACCAUAGGGAUUUUGGCGUUAGAGAGAUAGUUUUUUUUUAAAUAACAUGGAAUAUGCGGCCUUGUAAUCCCGUUUUUUUGGUUUGAAAUAUUCGUUGACGCGAUGUAAUCAUUUCCAGAACUAUUUAAUUCACAUUAGUUAUAUUUGCGACAGUCGGUUGGCGCAGUGGACAGUGACCCUGCUUUCCGCGUCCAAGAACAUAAAUGUUUUUCAGUGUCUGGGUGUUUAUCUGUAUAUUAUAAGUAUUUAUGUGUGUUAUAUUUAUAAAAAUAUUCAUCAGCUAUCUUAGUACCCAUAACACACGCUUACUUGGGGCUAGAUAGCGACGUGUGUAUUGUCGUAGUAUAUUUAUUUUUUUAUUUAAUUCACCUCGAUCAAACAGCCCACUUUAAUGAAUUGAACGUAUUUUAUUUUAUUAUAUUGUAUUUUAUUUUGUUUAACAUUUUGAAUAGUAUAGCCUAUGCUAACAUCAAAUGAACUUGCUGGAUUUCAAAUAGGAAUGAGGAGUAGGGAUGUUUUGAGACAUUUUUAUUUGUUGUAAAUGAUGUCGGCUGUUGUCUUACUUACUUCCUUAAACUGACUGACUAAACUGACUUUCUAUUGAAUACUUAAACAAACCUAAUUUGUGAUUAACUCCAAAGAAGUAAAACAUCUGACGUGCGUGAAAAAAAUACACACACUAUUUUAUUGUUUUAAUAUAAGUUA